GCGCAUGCGCGGUGACUCCUCAACGCGUGCUUCGGCCCGGCGGAGGGUUCUCGUGGUGGUCAGACUGCGCAUGCGCUCUCGAGACGCUCCCUCCUUGCUUUCCCUCAGACGCGCGUCCCACGCCUCCAAACAAAACAACAUUAUGGAGGAUAUUUUGUUCAACCUCUGGCGAGGAGGGCAGCAGUGUGGAAUGAAGAACAAGGCCUUUGUCAGAACAGCCAGACAAAAAAACUGAAGCAUCCAGCUAUAUGAGAGUCAAUAAAAGGCCGCCAUUCUUCUUCAAGUUUGGAAGGCUCUGGAGAUUGUAUAAACCUAGCCAGUCUGUCCAUCUCUGCCAUAUCCAACAUUUUUGGAAUCCAUACAUCUUAGUUCAUUCUGGCAGUGGAUAACAACUCAGAUAACAAAGAUCGUCAGAGUGGUGCAGUCCUACUUGGGAGGCGCCAUGGGUGAUCCUUCUUCGGCGGACAAGUUGCUGGAGCUCAACGCUCACUCGCGCUUCAUCAUUGGUUCCGUAUCGGAGGACAAUUCAGAGGAUGAGACCAGCUCCUUAGUGAAAAUCGACUUGAUUGAGGAUAAAGAGCAGUCGUUGUCGCCCGGUUCUGUCAGUUCGGACUCUCUUUCUGACCUGAUUCCCUCUGGCAUCCAAGAUGGCCUCGCUAUCCACAUGAGGCCGAGUAUGUCCGGCCUCCACCUCAUGAAGCAAGGCCGGGAUAGAAAGAAAGUCGACCUGCAAAGGGAUUUCACCGUUGCGUCCCCGGCGGAGUUUGUCACUCGUUUUGGGGGCAACAAAGUGAUUGAGAAGGUUCUCAUUGCCAACAAUGGGAUUGCGGCAGUGAAAUGCAUGCGCUCCAUCCGGCGGUGGUCUUACGAGAUGUUUCGGAACGAGCGAGCCAUCCGGUUUGUUGUUAUGGUGACACCUGAAGAUUUAAAAGCCAACGCAGAAUACAUUAAAAUGGCUGAUCAUUAUGUCCCAGUACCUGGCGGCCCAAAUAACAACAACUAUGCAAAUGUGGAGCUGAUUCUGGACAUUGCAAAACGGAUUCCUGUCCAGGCUGUCUGGGCUGGCUGGGGCCAUGCCUCCGAGAAUCCAAAAUUACCAGAACUGCUGCACAAAAAUGGGAUUGCCUUCAUGGGUCCACCCAGCCAAGCCAUGUGGGCCCUGGGAGAUAAAAUCGCUUCCUCGAUUGUGGCGCAGACUGCAGGCAUCCCUACACUUCCUUGGAGCGGCAGCGGUCUCCGGGUCAAUUGGCAAGAGAACGACUUUCAGAAGCGCCUCUUGAACGUUCCCCAGGAGUUGUAUGAAAAGGGCUGCAUGAAGGACGUGGAUGAUGGGCUGCGGGCAGCCGAGGAAAUUGGUUAUCCCGUCAUGAUCAAAGCCUCCGAGGGAGGGGGAGGAAAAGGAAUCCGGAAGGUGAACAACGCCGACGACUUCCCCAACCUCUUCCGACAGGUUCAGGCUGAAGUGCCCGGUUCCCCCAUCUUUGUGAUGCGCCUCGCCAAACAAUCCCGCCACCUGGAAGUCCAGAUCCUGGCAGACCAGUACGGCAAUGCCAUCUCGCUCUUCGGCCGCGACUGUUCGGUGCAGCGCCGGCACCAGAAGAUCAUUGAGGAGGCGCCAGCUUCCAUUGCCACUUUGGUGGUCUUUGAAGAAAUGGAGCAGUGUGCGGUGAAGCUGGCCAAGAUGGUGGGCUACGUGAGUGCGGGCACGGUGGAAUACCUCUACAGCCAGGACGGGAGCUUCUACUUCCUGGAGCUCAACCCUCGUCUCCAGGUGGAGCACCCUUGCACCGAGAUGGUGGCCGAUGUCAAUUUGCCUUCCGCUCAGCUCCAGAUCGCCAUGGGAAUCCCCCUCCACAGGAUCAAAGAUAUUCGUGUGAUGUAUGGGGUCUCCCCCUGGGGGGACGCCCCGAUUGACUUUGACAAUUCUGCCCACGUGCCUUGUCCCCGGGGCCACGUCAUUGCGGCCCGCAUCACCAGCGAGAAUCCGGACGAGGGAUUUAAACCCAGCUCUGGCACCGUCCAAGAGCUGAACUUUCGCAGCAAUAAGAACGUCUGGGGCUAUUUCAGCGUUGCGGCUGCUGGGGGCCUUCACGAGUUUGCCGACUCUCAGUUUGGCCACUGUUUCUCAUGGGGAGAAAACCGCGAAGAAGCCAUCUCGAACAUGGUUGUUGCCUUGAAGGAGCUGUCAAUCCGAGGGGACUUCCGAACCACCGUCGAGUACUUGAUUAAACUCCUGGAGACGGAGAGCUUUCAGCAAAACCGCAUCGAUACUGGCUGGCUGGACCGGCUGAUCGCAGAAAAAGUACAGGCAGAGAGACCUGACACCAUGCUGGGAGUGGUGUGCGGGGCUCUCCACGUGGCCGACGUGAGUUUCCGGAAUAGCGUCUCCAACUUCCUUCACUCCUUGGAGAGGGGCCAAGUCUUACCUGCUCAUACACUGCUGAAUACAGUCGAUGUUGAACUUAUAUAUGAAGGAAAGAAGUAUGUGCUAAAGGUGACCCGUCAGUCUCCCAACUCUUACGUGGUCAUCAUGAAUGGCUCCUGUGUGGAGGUCGAUGUCCACCGCCUGAGUGACGGCGGCCUUCUUCUGUCCUAUGACGGCAGCAGUUACACCACUUACAUGAAGGAGGAAGUGGACAGGUACCGCAUCACCAUUGGCAACAAGACCUGUGUGUUUGAGAAGGAAAACGACCCCUCCAUUCUGCGCUCGCCCUCCGCAGGGAAGCUCAUCCAGUACGUGGUGGAAGACGGAGGGCACGUCUUUUCCGGCCAGUGCUUUGCUGAAAUUGAAGUGAUGAAGAUGGUCAUGACUCUCACUGCAGCGGAGUCAGGCUGUAUCCACUAUGUGAAGCGCCCCGGGGCAGCUCUGGACCCCGGCUGUGUCAUUGCCAAGCUGCAGCUGGAUGACCCAAGCCGAGUUCAGCAGGCUGAACUCCACACAGGGGCCUUGCCGCAGAUCCAGAGCACUGCCCUCCGAGGCGAGAAGCUCCACCGCGUCUUCCAUUAUGUCCUUGAUAACCUGGUGAACGUCAUGAAUGGCUACUGCCUGCCGGAGCCGUUCUUCCACAGCAAGGUGAAGGACUGGGUCGAGCGGUUGAUGAAGACCCUCCGAGAUCCAUCUUUGCCUCUCCUGGAGCUUCAGGAUAUCAUGACCAGCGUCUCCGGGAGGAUCCCACCCAACGUGGAAAAAUCGAUCAAAAAGGAGAUGGCUCAGUACGCCAGCAACAUCACUUCUGUCCUCUGCCAGUUCCCCAGCCAACAGAUUGCCAAUAUCUUGGACAGUCAUGCGGCAACCUUGAAUCGCAAAUCGGAGCGCGAGGUCUUCUUCAUGAACACGCAGAGCAUUGUGCAGCUGGUGCAGAGGUACCGGAGUGGCAUUCGAGGGCACAUGAAGGCCGUGGUGAUGGAUUUGCUCCGCCAGUACUUGAAGGUGGAAACCCAGUUCCAGCAUGGCCACUACGACAAGUGUGUCUUUGCCCUCCGCGAGGAGAACAAAAGUGACAUGAACACCGUCCUCAACUACAUCUUCUCCCACGCCCAGGUCACCAAGAAGAACCUUCUCGUGACGAUGCUCAUUGACCAGUUGUGCGGCCGAGACCCAACCUUGACAGACGAGCUCAUUAAUAUUCUCACGGAGCUGACGCAGCUCAGCAAGACCACCAAUGCCAAGGUGGCAUUGAGAGCCCGACAGGUCCUCAUUGCUUCCCACUUGCCCUCGUACGAACUGCGCCACAACCAGGUGGAGUCCAUCUUCCUUUCGGCCAUCGACAUGUAUGGGCAUCAGUUCUGCAUUGAAAACUUGCAGAAACUCAUCCUUUCUGAGACGUCCAUCUUUGAUGUGCUUCCGAACUUCUUCUACCACAGCAACCAAGUCGUGAGGAUGGCAGCUCUUGAGGUGUAUGUUCGAAGAGCAUACAUCGCCUACGAGCUCAACAGCGUCCAGCACCGUCAGCUCAAGGACAACACGUGUGUGGUGGAAUUCCAGUUCAUGUUGCCCACGUCGCAUCCAAACAGAGGGAACAUACCCACGCUCAACAGGAUGUCCUUCUCCUCCAACCUCAACCAUUACGGGAUGGUCCACGUGGCCAGCGUCAGCGACGUCCUUUUGGACAACUCCUUCACCCCACCCUGCCAGCGCAUGGGCGGCAUGGUGUCUUUCCGGACCUUCGAAGACUUCGUGCGACUCUUUGACGAAGUCAUGGGAUGCUUUUGCGACUCUCCUCCUCAAAGCCCCACCUUCCCGGAAGCAGGCCACCCAUCCCUCUACGACGAAGACAAGAGCGCUCGGGAGGAGCCCAUUCACAUCUUGAACGUUGCCAUCAAGACGGAUUGCGAUAUCGACGACGAAGGGCUGGCUGCCAUGUUUAGAGACUUCACACAGAGCAGAAAAUCUAUCCUGAUUGAUCACGGCAUUCGGCGGCUGACUUUCCUCGUGGCACAAAAGGAUUUCAGGAAACAAGUCAACUGUGAGGUGGACCAAAGAUUUCAUAGAGAAUUUCCCAAGUUUUUCACCUUCCGUGCAAGGGAUAAGUUUGAAGAGGACAGGAUCUACCGCCACUUGGAGCCGGCGCUGGCCUUCCAGCUGGAGCUCAACCGCAUGCGUAACUUCGACCUCACCGCCAUCCCUUGCGCCAACCACAAAAUGCACCUCUACUUGGGUGCCGCCAAAGUCGAGGCUGGGGCGGAGGUGACCGACUACAGGUUCUUUGUCCGGGCCAUCAUCCGGCACUCGGACCUUGUCACCAAGGAGGCAUCCUUUGAAUACCUGCAGAACGAAGGGGAGCGCUUGCUCCUGGAAGCCAUGGACGAGCUGGAGGUGGCCUUCAACAACACAAACGUGCGCACUGACUGCAACCACAUAUUCCUCAACUUUGUACCCACCGUUAUCAUGGACCCAUCAAAGAUUGAGGAGUCUGUCCGGAGCAUGGUGAUGCGCUACGGCAGCCGCUUGUGGAAGCUCCGGGUGCUGCAGGCCGAGCUCAAGAUCAACAUCCGCCUGACGCCAACGGGCAAAGCCAUCCCCAUCCGCCUCUUCCUCACCAACGAGUCCGGAUAUUACCUAGACAUCAGCCUGUACAAGGAGGUGACCGAUUCCAGGACGGGACAGAUCAUGUUCCAAGCUUACGGCGAUAAGCAAGGGCCCUUACACGGGAUGUUGAUCAACACUCCGUAUGUGACGAAGGACCUGCUGCAGUCCAAGCGAUUCCAGGCCCAGUCGUUGGGGACCACCUAUGUCUAUGACAUCCCUGAAAUGUUCCGACAGUCUUUGAUAAAGUUGUGGGAAUACAUGAAAGAGUUUGCCAUCCUCCCGCCGCCUCCGCUGCCUUCGGACAUGCUGACCUAUACGGAGCUGGUGCUGGACGACCAAGGACAGCUGGUGCAUAUGAACCGACUUCCUGGAGGAAACGAGAUUGGCAUGGUGGCAUGGCGCAUGACCCUCAAGACGCCCGAGUACCCCGACGGGCGCGACGUCAUCGUCAUCAGCAACGACAUCACGUAUCGGAUCGGGUCCUUUGGGCCUCAAGAGGACCUGCUCUUCCUGAGGGCCUCGGAGCUGGCCCGGCUGCAGGGCAUCCCACGGAUUUAUGUGGCGGCCAACAGCGGUGCCAGGAUCGGUUUGGCUGAGGAGAUCCGGCACAUGUUCCACGUCGCGUGGGAAGACCCUGACGAUCCAUACAAAGGAUUCAAGUACUUGUACCUGACUCCUCAGGAUUACAAGAAAGUCAGUGCUUUGAACUCGGUACACUGUGAACAUGUGGAGGACGAAGGGGAAUCGAGAUAUAAAAUUACAGAUAUUAUCGGGAAGGAAGAAGGCCUGGGGACUGAGAAUCUGCGUGGAUCUGGUAUGAUUGCUGGAGAAUCCUCUCUGGCCUAUGAAGAUAUCAUCACUAUCAACCUGGUGACCUGCCGGGCAAUUGGAAUUGGGGCUUACCUGGUUCGGUUGGGACAGAGAACAAUCCAAGUGGAAAAUUCCCAUAUUAUCUUAACUGGAGCCGGAGCCCUCAACAAAGUGCUUGGGAGGGAGGUCUACACUUCCAACAACCAGUUGGGCGGGAUCCAGAUCAUGCACAACAACGGGGUCACCCACACCACCGUCUGCGAUGACUUCGAAGGCGUCUACACCAUUCUGCUGUGGCUCUCUUACAUGCCAAAGAGUGUUUUCAGCCCAGUUCCGAUGCUCACGGCGAAGGACCCCAUUGACAGGAUCAUUGAGUUUUCUCCCACCAAGACUCCCUAUGAUCCUCGCUGGAUGCUUGCCGGACGGCCCCAUCCAACUCAGAAGGGCCAGUGGCUCAGUGGCUUCUUCGACCACGGCUCUUUCCUGGAGAUCAUGCAGCCUUGGGCUCAGACGGUUGUGGUCGGCAGAGCAAGGCUCGGUGGCAUCUCCGUGGGAGUGGUGGCCGUCGAAACGCGGACGGUGGAGCUGAGCAUCCCGGCCGACCCUGCCAAUCUCGACUCCGAGGCCAAGAUUAUCCAGCAGGCUGGCCAAGUGUGGUUCCCGGAUUCCGCCUUCAAGACGGCGCAAGCCAUCAAGGACUUCAACCGGGAAGGGCUCCCGCUGAUGGUCUUUGCCAACUGGAGAGGCUUCUCGGGAGGAAUGAAAGAUAUGUAUGACCAAGUGCUGAAGUUUGGGGCCUACAUCGUGGACGGUUUGCGGGAGUACCGCCAGCCCGUCCUGGUCUACAUCCCACCCCAGGCGGAGCUGAGAGGAGGCUCCUGGGUCGUGAUCGACCCCACCAUCAACCCGCGACACAUGGAGAUGUACGCUGACCGGGACAGCAGAGGCGGAGUCCUGGAGCCGGAAGGGACCGUGGAGAUCAAGUUCCGCAAGAAAGAUCUGGUGAAGACCAUGAGGCGCGUGGAUCCCAUCUACGUGCGCCUGGCAGAGCGGCUCGGGACCCCGGAGCUGAGCCCAGCCGAGCGGAAGGAUCUGGAGGGCAAGCUGAAGGAGCGGGAGGAGUUCCUCAUCCCCAUUUACCACCAGGUCGCCGUGCAGUUUGCGGACUUGCACGACACCCCCGGCCGGAUGCAGGAGAAGGGUGUCAUUACGGACAUUCUGGAAUGGAAGACGUCGCGGACGUUCUUCUACUGGAGGCUCCGCCGUCUGCUCCUGGAGGACCUGGUCAAGGAGAAGAUCCACGACGCCAACCCUGAGCUCACGGACGGCCAGAUCCAGGCGAUGCUGAGACGCUGGUUCGUGGAAGUGGAAGGCACCGUCAAGGCCUAUCUGUGGGACAACAACAAGGACCUGGUGGAGUGGCUGGAGAAACAGCUGACCGAAGAAGAAGGCGCCCGCUCCGUGGUGGACGAGAACAUCAAAUACAUCUCCCGGGACUACAUCCUCAAACAAAUCCGGAGCUUGGUCCAAGCCAAUCCGGAAGUGGCCAUGGACUCCAUCGUCCACAUGACCCAACACAUAUCACCCACUCAGCGGGCCGAGAUCGUGCGCAUCCUCUCCACAAUGGACUCUCCUGCCUCCACGUAAAGGAGGGAAAUGCUGGGAGCGGACUUCCCAAUUUCUUGUACCGUUUGCUUUUUUCCAAACGAGACUCGAAGAAGAGAAUGUCCUUGGAGUUCCGAAAGACUUUGCAAACACAGAUUCUCCACUCAGUAACUUAUGGAUGUCAUAUAACCUAUUUAUUUAACAAAAUGUGACUGGACCAACAUCUCAACUAACUCUGGCUUGUACUGGUCGUGCAGAGAUAAUGAAAGGUACCUUAGUACCAUGAGGUCUUUGACUUGUGUGUAUUGGGGGGGGGGGGUGUCCCCACUUUCUUUGUCUUGUGUGUCUGUUAUCAACCUUGCCCUCCAAAUACAAGUGCCCAGUAUUUGCCAA